GACGUCACAAGCGACAGGAAACAAUCCGUCCGGAGCGAGGAAGCCAGUUCCGUUUCCGAGGUCGGAGGUUGGGCGGCGCUGAGGCACCGGUGCAGGCGGGCGAGCGAGCGAGACAAGCGGCCACGAUGCUCAUCAAAGUGAAGACGCUGACCGGGAAAGAGAUAGAGAUAGAUAUCGAACCGACGGACAAGGUGGAAAGAAUAAAAGAGCGGGUGGAAGAAAAGGAAGGCAUCCCGCCUCAACAGCAGCGACUCAUCUACAGCGGGAAGCAAAUGAACGAUGAGAAAACGGCCGCCGACUACAAGAUCCAGGGUGGCUCCGUCCUCCACUUGGUCCUAGCCUUGCGCGGAGGCCUGCGAUGAUGGUGCCCCCGGCGCUGCUGCACUACCCCCCUUUCGUCAAAGACCCCGGAUGUGGGUUAGCCUCACACACCCCCUCGAGUUGUCAUGGGAGGCCCGUUGGGUUCAAAUCCCAGACGGGCUGCCUGGCAUCGCUGCCUCCCCACAUGUCUGUUUAUUUGCAAACUGUCAUUCUAGAGGCUGGGGGGAGAAUUAUUUUGGGGGGAUGGGGUGCUUUUUUUUUUUUUUUUUUGAGUUACG